UACAUUGCAGUUUAGAAUGGCAGCUGCUGGAGAAGACAGCCACCCUAUUGCGUGCCCAGUGCCACAACCACUGAUGCAGCAACAGGAGCUGGAGUCUCGGGUCGCCCGCAGACGCCUGUCCCAGGCCCGCCACCGAGCCACCAUGGCAGGGCUCUUUGACAACCUGAGGAAGACUGUUUACUCUGAGUCAGAGUUCACAGCCUCAAAGUGGCAGGUUCUGAACAAAGCAAAGAAUCAUAUUCAGGAACUGGAAGAAACCCUGGACACUUUGCUGAAGCUGAAAGAAUCCUUCAGUCUGGAGGAUGGAAACCCCGGCAGCUUACAGGAGGUUAAAGAAAAAUAUGCUGGAAUGUUCUCCAUAAAUGAGAGCUUGAUCUCAGAGGAUUUUCUUCAGAAUGGCUCCUUCCCCUGGUACCCAACUGAGGCAGCAUUCGAGAAGGACUUAGAAGAAGAAGAAGAAGAAGAAGGUGAAGAAGAGGAAGAGGAAAACCAGGAAGAGGAAGAGGAAGAGGAAGAAGAAGAGAAAAAAGUGGACCUCGUACACUCCCCAGUCACUUCACCACCAGACCUCCUGGAAUUUGAGCGGUACCUCAGCUUCUACAGGCAGACAAUGGACCUGCUGAUUGGGAAUGGCAUCGUGUCCUCACAGGAGACCUCACAACCCAUCAUCUCGGCAGCCAUCUCCCACCUGUGGCAGACACUAUCCGAGGACAGGAAGGCCAGUGUCCUGCAGGCCUGGACCCAGCAGCAUGAUGACCCCCUGGGCCUGAGCAUCUGCCCUCAGCUGGCCUGUGCUGAGGAAAGCAUGAAAGACAGCGGCGUAGACAGCCAAGGGGCCAGCUGCUCACUGCUCUCCACCCCAGAGGAGGUCUUUUUUGAAGAUACCUUUGAUGUGGCAAGUUUCUUGGACAAAACUGAAAUUCUAAGUGCAUCCUACCCCAGUUCAGGGUUUGCCAGCUUCAACCCAGAGAACCCAGAGAAAAAGUUGCAGCUCUACCUUCAAAUCAUCGAUUUUUUAAAGGGCCUCUGCUGUGUUAAUGCUCCAUUAAAACAGGAACCAGCCCCAUCUACUGAUGAUGAGAUGAUAAUGCUGAGGUGCCUGGAGACCUUUGAUGAUGAGGAUUUGUAAUGGAGGACGGCCAGAUGGGGAAGAGGCUGAAUGAGGUGUGCAGUCUGCAAGUUUGAAUGUUGGCAGCAAUGGUUAUACCUGCCUUGGCCUCCAGGACUCUUCCAAGAGGGCUGUCUCAGAAACAUUUUUGAGCUUUUAGUUUCUGACUAUUACAAAGUUUUAAAAGAAGUUUGACUUUAUGUCAGUAUUUAGGGCUGUUAGGUAGAAGGGGCUGACUUGCUGCAGGGGACACACAUCCAUCUGGACCUAUUCUGAGGGUGCUGGGUACAGCUGAAGCCCCAAGCUGUGGGCUUUUCAAGAAGGGAGCAGGCACAAUUUGCCCCUGGAGGUGAGAAAACACCAGUUCUUUCA